AUAAGGGGGAAAGUCCGAACCGAAGUUCGGCCCUGAUCUUACAAACGGACCGGGGCAAUUUUGGGAAAUGAUGGUGGCGAUUCUGCGGGUGGUUCACAUCAAAUAGCUCAACAACCACGAACGUCGGUCUUUUCGGCCAGCGUUGGGGAGCUCGACAUCAGCGCGAGUGCGGCCGAGAGAGCGAAGAAGCCAUCCAUCUCCAGGAAGACCACCGAUUAGUGAGCACAGCCAUCGUCAGCGGUUGGUGAGUCGAAAAGAAAAGAACAUUCAAGAUGGGUCGCGUUCGCACGAAGACCGUGAAGAAGGCCUCUAGGGUCAUCAUUGAGAAGAGGACCACCGAUUAGUGAGCACAGCCAUCGUCAGCGAUUGGUGAGUCGAAAAGAAAAGAACAUUCAAGAUGGGUCGCGUUCGCACGAAGACCGUGAAGAAGGCCUCUAGGGUCAUCAUUGAGAAGUACUACUCUCGGAUGACUCUGGACUUCCAAACGAACAAGAAGAUUGCCGAGGAGGUGGCCAUUAUUCCUUCCAAGAGGCUGCGAAACAAAAUUGCGGGCUUUGCUACGCAUCUGAUGAAGCGUAUCCAGAGGGGUCCCGUCCGUGGAAUCUCAUUGAAACUGCAGGAGGAAGAGCGUGAGAGGAGGAUGGACUUCGUUCCUGAGGAGUCGGCGAUCAAGACCGAUGUCAUCGAGGUCGACCGCGACACGAUGGAAAUGCUCAGGGCGUUGAAUAUGGCAAGCCUUCCCGGUGUCGUCCAGCAGGCAGCGACAAACACUGGUGGCUUUGGUGGUGCUGGGCGCCCGCAGGGUGGUGGGUUUCAGGCGGGGGGCGGCGGGGGAUUCCAGGGCAGGCGCCAGUGAGCAAUGAGCAAUGAGCACUGGUGUUGUCCAGCAGGCAGCGACAAAUACUGGCUUUGGUGGUAGCUGGGCGCCCGCAGGGUGGUGGGUUUCGGGCAGGGGGCGGCGGGGGAUUCCAGGGCAGGCGGCAAUGAGCAAUGAGCAGUGAGCAGUGAGCAGUGGAGGGAGGAUGACAGCAUUUUGUCUAAUAUCCUACGGGGAGGAGGGAGGAACAGAGUGGUCCGCUUCUUUAACAACUAUAAAGAAUGACCGUUGCCUAUCGUGGCCUUCGCUGCCGCGACUAAGUGUUUCUUAGAGAAAGAUGGGAAGGGCUUCGUUUGCCUCCGGUGUCGUUAUGCACGAGCUAGCUUUUCGAUUCCCUCUGUGAAAUGUGUUUUCCUCAGUUCACUUUUUUUGGAUGAAUGUGAGUCCAUGUCCCAUUGAUGAGUGACAUCUUCUUGCAUCUGGGUCCUUAACCUUCUACCGUUGGGUUCGACUUUUUGUGUCCUGUGCCCUUACAGCACUCUUUUGACCAGCUCGGUUGGGUGUGUGCUACCGUUUUCUACCCUGAUAAUGCAUGUAUACAAGCUAUCUUUCUGGUUUGGUACCGCUGUAAAGUGGCACUCGUUGUUCAGCUUGGUGAGUGGGUAUUUGCUACCGUGUUUCCCUGAGCAUAAUUCCACACUGAUAAUGCACGUAUACAUGCUAUUUUUCUGGUUUGGUACUGCAAUAAAAUGGCACUGUCUAUCCUGCUUGGUGGUCGGAUGUUUUCUACCCUUGUUCCCGUGAACACAACGCACACUGAUGAUGCAUGUAUACAAGUCCAUUCCGCAGUGAUAAUGCAUGUAUACAAUCUAUCUUUAUGGUUGGGAACAUGCUUAAAGUGGUUGCGUAGUAUACAAGUUGAUCCCACACUGAUAA